AUGGAAAAAAGACAGAAAGAAAUAAAGGGUAACUCUAAUUAUUUGCAAAAUAUUAAUUUCAUAUGUUCCUAUCAACAUGAAUCAUCUAGUUUACUAGAAACGAAUAAAAUGGAUGAAAUUUGUAAUAUAUUAAAGGAAUACACAGAAACACCAAGUGAUAAUAUAAUUGAUUUAUUUAAAGAAUAUAGUGCUAACCCAAAAGAUAAAACGGAAGUUCACGCUAAACUCAAAGAGCUGAACUAUUCUAACCUAAUGGCCUUUGAUGCUAACGGUUUGUACGCUUCCGCCAUGUUGUAUUUAGACAGCGAAUAUACGAGAGCGGAAAGUGGUAGACCAUUUCGACAAGAAGAAAAUAAAGAAUUUGUUAAGCUCUUUAAUGAGCAGAAAUUCAGACCUAGAACUGCUAUUUCAAAAGUCUGGUUUGAAUAUCCUAUUAACAUGUUCUUCCAACCCAUACCUGCUAAAGAUAAAAUCACUUUCACGAAUAGAAUAGGUAAAAAGGAAACUGGCACUAAAAUCAGGUUCAGAGAUGGUUUCUGUCACGACGUUUUAACAUCGGUCGAUAUUCAAGAAAUAGUGAAAGCCGGUGGACGAAUUAUUAAAAUAUUAGAUGGUAUAGUUUACGAAGAAAAUUUUAAAACUCCACCCUAUAGAGAUUAUAUUUUAAUUUUGAGAGAUCUAAGAAAUAAAUAUAAACGAGAAGGUAAUAUCAUAGGUAGUAAUUGCAUGAAAUUAUUAGGCAAUUCAUUGUAUGGUAAAUCUAUUCAGAAGGAUAUAACUACAUCGAGACAUCUAUGGAGUGAAGUGACUUUAAAAGGCAACUUCAAUUCACACGUUAUAAACUAUGAAAAAGUAAAUGAUAGUCAAUAUAAAGUUGAAAUUAAUGACGAAGAAAAAGAAUUUGACUGUACACCUCCAAAAUCUACACGGCUAACACCUAGUCAUUUGGGAUCAUUCGUUUUAUCUCACAGUAAAAAAGUAAUGAAUAAUUUUAUUCGCGUGAUAGAUGGAUUUUAUAAGCCUGAAAUAUACUAUACGGAUACCGAUAGUUUAUACAUUUCGUCUAGCAAUUAG